AUGGAGGAUCCUGACGCUGAAGAGACGCGUCACUUUGUCGAUCAGCUUAAUGCGAUCUCGGAAUCGUUCCUAGCCAAAGCUCCAAGUCGCGAGAAGAUCAGAAAACGGCUUACCGAAUUAUGGGAUUAUGAGAAAUACAGCUGUCCAUCAAAGCAUGGAGAUUUCUACUACUACUUCCAUAAUACUGGGCUUCAAAAUCAAUCCGUGCUUUACCAACAGAAGAACGUGACUGAGAAAGGCGAGGUAUUCUUGGAUCCAAACACGCUCUCACCGGAUGGGACCAUAGCUCUCGCGGAGAAGUCGCGUAAAGGUAAUCUAGGUAAGGUAAUUCAAGGCCAAGCAGAGCGUUUCGUCGGAACUUUGGAAGGGGCCCCACUCAAACCGAUAGAGGGAGAAAGAUCGGAAGAACUCAUGGAAUUUCCAAGCGUUAUCAAGGAGCGCGAAGUACAUUGA